GGUAGUGAAUGCGCAGUGAUUUUCAACUCGCAGUAGCCCGCAGUUGCUUCCAAUGUCUCAGUUUGAAGUCCGCAAACUUCGGAAAAGUCAGAAAGAUACCGAUUGAAACUUCGAUUGGAAAUUUUGGAAGGAGUUUAACGAAGAAAGUUCGGUAGAUAUGCGCGUUUUCAGAUUUGUCAGUGCGUCCUCGCGAAGCAGAAAAAUAAAUUGUUGCCUAUUUUUUUUCGCGAGACUUGGAUAAUUACCACUACACUUUUGGACAGACUUGCGGAUAAGAUUUGGGUUUUUGUAAAUUCACGCUUUUGGAAUUAAUUGUUGCAGUUAACUUGUCUUUCUACAGAUUCUGAGCAUUUCAGUCCAACAUUAGAGCGCUUUUCCAGCGUUUUUUUUUUUCUUUUAUUCUUUGGAGCCAUGGAUCCGAGCCAGCACAACCCUCCAGCCGGCCACCAAAUCGUCCAUGUUCGGGGUGAUUCAGAGACCGAUUUGGAAGCUUUAUUUAACGCUGUAAUGAACCCGAAAAAUGCAGUCGUACCCCCUUCUCUACCUAUGAGGAUGAGGAAGCUACCAGACUCCUUCUUCAAGCCGCCAGAGCCAAAGUCCCACUCCAGACAAGCUAGCACAGACGCGGGCACGGCGGGUACCAUCACUCCCCAGCAUGUCAGGGCACACUCCUCGCCUGCCUCGCUGCAGCUCGGAGCCGUCUCGCCUGGCACGCUGGCUGGCAUGACCCCAGCGGGCACCUCCCCUCAGCACCUCCGCCAACCCUCCUACGAGAUACCUGACGAUGUCCCUCUGCCUCCAGGAUGGGAGAUGGCCAAGACGGCUUCGGGCCAGAGAUACUUCCUGAACCACAUCGACCAGUCGACCACCUGGCAGGACCCACGCAAGGCCAUGCUGCAGAUAAACCAGGCUACCCCGGGCAGCCCUGCACCCGUUCAACAGCAGAACCUCCUAAACCCGGCCUCAGGACCUCUUCCUGACGGCUGGGAGCAGGCCAUCACUGCUGAGGGAGAGAUCUACUACAUCAACCACAAGAACAAAACCACGUCCUGGCUGGACCCACGCCUUGACCCGCGUUACGCUCUGAACCAACAGCGCAUCUCCCAGAGUGCUCCAGUGAAGCCGGGAGCCCCUCUGCCCUCCAGCCCCCAGAAUGCGCCCAUCCUGGGCGGAAACAGUCAGAUGAGGCUACAGCAGCUUCAGAUGGAUAAAGAGAGACUGCGACUCAAGCACCAGGAACUGCUCCGCCAGAGACCUCAGGAACUGGCACUGAGGAACCAGUUGGCCACUAGCAUGGAGCAGGACGGAGGCAGCCAGAACCCAGUGUCAUCACCCAGCAUGCCACAGGACGCCCGCAGUAUGACCACCAACAGCUCUGACCCUUUCCUCAACAGUGGGACGUAUCACUCCAGAGACGAGAGCACAGACAGUGGCCUGAGUAUGAGCAGCUACAGUGUUCCACGCACUCCAGACGACUUCCUCAACAGUGUGGAUGAGAUGGAGACAAGUGACUCCCUCGGCCCUGCUUCUAUGGCGACGCAGCCAAACCGUUUCCCUGACUACCUGGAUGCCAUCCCCGGCACCGACGUGGACCUGGGCACGCUGGAGGGCGAGAGCAUGGCGGUGGAGGGUGAGGAGCUGAUGCCUAGCCUGCAGGAGGCCCUGAGCUCCGACAUCCUCAACGACAUGGAGUCGGUGCUGGCAGCUACCAAGAUUGACAAGGAGAGCUUCCUCACCUGGCUAUAGGCGUCCUGCUAGCACCACCACGCCACCCCCUUCCACACACACCGAACUGCUGCCUGGUCACAUCUGUGGAGGAGGUGUAGAUGCUUUGCUAUGUUUUCUUCCCCCUCCCCUCCUUAAAGGACAUUUCACUCCCAUGGACUUUGCUCUCGUUUUCCUCCCACAUUCGGCACUCACGGCUUGUACGCAGUUGUAGAGGCAGAGUUUUUCUUCUUCUUUUUUCCCCCCAUGUCUGCAUCCUCAAGGCUGGCCCAUGAACAGACGAUUACUUACAAGAACCCGCAUCUCCCUCAUAGCUGAUAGUCUGUGUGUUUUCCCGCUCUGAGCGCGUUUCUCUGAGGGCUUUGUCGUUCGGCCGAGAGUGCCGAACCCUCAUCAGGUUCCUCCGUGACCCCACACUCUAACCCACCCACAGCCAGAACCAGCCCUGCAUCCUCUCUUCCCACCUUCAGUUAUCGUGAUCCUGGCAAACCAAAAGGAGCAGUAGGCCUAGAUAUCUAGCUGUGGCUUAUAAUGGGAUGGAGCUCUUGAUCUCUGAGGGGGUUGAACCUGUGGCUUUGGGAAAGCGAGUGUCCCUGCUUGGCUGUGCCAGCACAUCUAACUAGGAACCUGUAAUCAAGUGCCUUCAGUUUAUCACUUAAUCUCUUAGUGGAGCAACUAAAACAUCAUGUUUCUUCUUUAUCUUUUUAUAAGGUAGUACACCUUAUAUUUCAGAACAAAAUCAACCACAUUCUUUUCUAUUUACCAUUUUCAUUAAUCAAAAAUUGUCUUUCAAAGGUUAUAUAAAAUGUAUUAUGUUGGGAAUUAGGAGUCUUUUUUAUAAACCAUAGCCUGUUUGUAUGACAGUCUUAUUUAAGUCUGAUUUUUAUUUUUUUCCUUUUUUUUUGACUUGAUUAUUGCAUUUGUGUCUGAUUUGAUCAAACUGAUUAGUUUCUCACUAUACCUGAUUUCUGUUGGUUGUCUUUUGCCACUCUAACAUCAUUUGCCUUCCAGCACAUUUCUUAUGUCUACUAAAAUGGCAGAUAUCAUGGAAUAUCAUUUGAAUACACGAAACCAAUUGAUGCUAUUACCCAGUAAUCAGUGGAGAAUGGUCUCCCUAGAUUGAAAUCUUUUUUUGUAUACCAGUAUCUAGUUUUUAUUAUUUUUGCAUAUUUAAUGACAGUAUCCUAUGAACUGACAGCCAAAUGCAAGGAACAAACAGGUCAAUGGAACUUGGCUCAGCUGUAACUUGUGAACAGCAUGAACUAGAGGAUGGAUGCCUUUGCUCUGGGACCCUUUAUAAGCGAUGACCUUCAGACUGGUGUACAAUGCUGAUGAAGCAAUGGUGGCUGGAAGUGAUGGUUCUGCUAUGUUUUAGAUGGUUAAGCAAGUCUUGAGGGUUAGUGGUGUAGAGUAGCGCUUAGAUGGUACUUGAUUUGGGAAUUGUGGUUAUGGAUGAUGGUUGCUGUAGACUAAUGGAAACAAUCAGUUAUGAUUUCUGUCAGGAUUUUUUUUUUUUUUUUUUAAAGGCUUCCAAAGAAUUUUGUUUUGGUUUUUUUUUUUUGUUUGGUUUUGUUUUUUUUCCUGUUAAAAAAAACAAAUAAUUUAUCAUAUUCUUUUGUGUAACAUAUGGCAUAAGCUAAUGAAAAAAACUCCAGCUGAUGACUUAACGGUGGAUAUUUGAUUAAUUAUUUUCUCACAAUCUCCCAUACUGAUUCCGUACUAGACAUUGGUUGAGCAAGUUACCUAUAACUGUUACCUACCACGGCCUUGUCCGAAUCGUUUACAUUGAUGUAGAGAGAAACACUACAGAAAACUCUUCAACGACAAUAUUAUUGCGAAUGCUUUAUACAGUGACAAGAUGUGUAUUUUCAAAUGUUUACAAGAUUAUUGCCCCUACACUACGUAAUGUUUCAGUGAUGACAUUCUAAAUGUAUUUUUGUUUAGUUAAGGUUUUGAUGUACUAUGGUUUAUUUGAUGUUCUACAUAUAUCCCUACAUUUACAGAUGAAUUUUUCCUUUGAGUCCAUGUGAACAAUGAUCAAUGAUCAAAAUUUGUGAUCAAAUCAGGCAAGCUGUGCCACUGUGAUAUGUGAAAAAAUGCUAAGUAAUAUCUGUAGAGUAAAAUCUAUUUUGCAGAAGUAUAGUAUUGAUGGCGAACACUAGUGAGGUAAAACAGUGUUGGAGAAAGCAAUGCAACAAAUUUUUAUAAAUUGUUGGUACAGUGCUGGUGUUGCACGUUUAAAAGAACAUUGCGUAAAAUGUGUAUGUUACUUAAACAUGACUUUAUGCGUAGUUAGUGUGCAGCUCUCAAAAAUAUAUAAUAACUUUACAGUUUGUAGUGGUAGUACUAAUCAGCCAAGUUAAAGGAUUGGUAUUUAGAUCUCUCUAAAUGCACAAAGAAUGAAUUUAUCCAUUUAUGACCUUUUUCUUUUUUAAAAUAGAUGUAUGUGCAUGUAUCUUAAAACCUUAUGUUCUGUUACAGUCUAUCUCUUUGCAUAAUACUUUAAAAUGGGUCUGUAAUAAAGUAUAUACUUUGUUGUA